GUCUGGCGAGUUGGCGCCUUGCGGUGACUGCGUGACGACUGCAUCAGGUGCUGCUAUGAGUGAUGCCGCGGCCCUGACGCAACGUCAGCCGUCUGCACAGCUGGUUACCCCGCCCCUGCCAUCAGUCCCUGUCUCAGUUCGCGUCAUCACGAGUGUGCUACAGCUAUCGAUCGCUGCCCACAGGGCCAGAGGUGAUCAGAGCUGCCGAAAGACCAAGUCUGAGCGUCAGGGGUGACCAAUGGCGGCGCUUAAUGUCCGUCAAAAGGAGUAAACGAAUUAACAGAUGGCAGUGAGUAGUUUUAUAAGUUCGUUGCAAAUUUCAAUAGAAAAAAUAGUCAGAUUUCUGAUAUGCCUACAAUAUUUGAAAGGAUUGAUUCCUUUUGAACCAAUGCUUAGCUUACCUUUGUUUUUUUAGAAUAAAUAUUCAGGCAUUUUUUUUUCAAUGAUCAACAAAUGUACGCAUUGCUUUUGACGUAUGUAAGAUUUAGAGCCUACACGCUCAAUAUUUAACCGCUUCGAAAUCAGCAACUGGUAAUGGUGAGGUACCUAAUGGUUGAUCGUUGAUGACUUUAAAUUCAUAAGAGCAGCUUCUCAUAAAUGCGUAGUUGAAUAGAACUUUAAAAAAAUUGAUUAUGUUAACUGUGCAAUAAGAAACAUUUAUGCACACAACUGUGCGGAACCUAUUGUUGUCUACAGACGUAAUUAAGUUCGUUCAUUAUAUGCAGUUCUGUAAAAUUAAUGUGCUAGUUUUCCCGAGUCGGCGCUGUUCAGUGCCCAGUGUUUAAUCUUCAUUGUAAUUAUCAGGUUGUUAGAUAAUGGCACUCAUCUGUCGCAGUAAUACGUCAGAUGAAGCUGUGAAUCGAGAGCAUCGAUUAUCGAUCAAUAGAAAAUCGGCGGUAAUUGAAGAAUCUGGGUUAAUUAAUGCGUAUGAUUGAUUUAGCUCACGCGCGUGCGCCGUCUGCCUCCCGGCAUGUGUCGUACGACAUGACGUCACACAAGUGGGCGGAGCCUGUUUGUCGUGUUGCCUGUCAGCUGGAUAUCAGCUGAGGGAGCGUCCAUCCCCCCCCCCCUCGAGCCGCGACCCCGCCCCCUCUCACGCCCCAUGAGUGACGCAGAGGGACCGAAUUCCUGGCACGGGCGUCUCGCUGACCCGAGCGAGCCAGCCCUUUAACGCCGGGACAGUCUCCGCGGCGGUCAGCCGAUUUUUUACCCGGCCGCCGCACGUGUCGACUACACGUGACCUGCAGAGGCGGUCCCAGGGGUCGGGCACGCACACCCACCGGGUCAUUCAGUAAAGCACCGUCUGGGGGUCAACAGCACCGAAAAACAGCGAAAUAACAAACAGUCGCCCCUCGCUCAGCACUCCCCCGAAUCGGAUGCCCCCCGACGGCUCUCAUGGUAACAGACCUCUCCGCUGGGGGGCCGGGCUCGCGCGUGCGUUUGGCUGGACAGCCACGGCGGCGCGGCCGCUCGGACGGCUCAGGGCGGCCGCUGAUUGGUCGAGGGCGGCUCGUUCACGUGAUCGUCGGCUGGUGGCUGCUGUGAGGGAGAGUGCCGGCGCGGGCGGCCGGUCGGCGCGGCGCGGCCAGCGCACAGCGCGAGUCGAACUCCGUGAGCGUAGACGGGCGGACUGUAGCGAUACGUGGGUGCGACUCGAAACGGCGAGACGCCCGUCGAACGCCGACGACGGCGACCUCUUCUCAGCGCGGUGACCCGGUCUGCCCUGCAUGCUAUCGAUGUCGCUGGGCGCGCUGGUUCUUCCUGUAGACAUGGAGUUCUACAGUCUGAGCUCCUCACCGGUGCUGUCCUCGUCGCCGCGGCUGGGCGCCGACUUCCUCUCGUCCUCGCCGCUGCUGGGGCCCGACUUCCUCUCAGAGCUGCAGCGGGGCGCCGGCAGGUCACCGUGGUCCGAGCCGCGACCGCGCCUCCUCAACCGUAUCAACUGCCAGAGGCGCUCGCCGGCGCCGCCCUCUGAUGACGAGGAGGAGGAUGAAGAGGACGAUGAGGAGGAGAAUGAGGAGGAGGACUCGGCGGACCGGCCGCGAUCGAUCCUCAUUAUCCGCAGCGACUCGACUGAGGAGAGCAGGAGAGAGGAUAAGAAGAGGGUCGUGUUUGCUGAUGAUCGAGGACAGCCACUUGUUCAGAUCCGCCGGAUGCGGGAGCCGUCGCACAUGCCGCCGCGCUGGACGUCCCGCUUCCUCCGACACGUCACAGGAGUCGAGGCGGCCUCGUCAGCCCCGCAGGAGCCCCGGUUCCGACUCGACUUUCCGCAGCCGGCGGCCGAUUACAGCCGCUUCUGCGAGCGUCUGGACGCCAACAGCGUGGCACUGGAGCACGCCGUCUACAAGGAGGCAGAGGACCGGCUCACCGGCACCAUCAAAGUGAAGAACCUCCACUUCGAGAAGGUGGUAUUCGUCCGCGUGUCUGAGAACAACUGGCGCACGAGUCGAGACGUGGCAGCCACGUACGUGGCGGCGGCCAGCGGCGGCGCGGCCGGAGCCACCCUCUACGACCGGUUCAAGUUCGAGCUGCCGCUCACGUCGACUACGUCACGUCUCGAUUUUUGCGUGUGCUUCCGCUGUCCUCUGGGCGAGUUCUGGGACAACAACAACGGUGCCAACUACGGCGUCAGUCGCCAGAAGUCUGCGCAGGCGCAGCAGCACGGUCCGCGGGACAUCUACCGCGCCCAGGUGGACAACUGGUCCUGCUUCUCCAGCUGGGGGGACGAGUUCGGAGGCGGGCCCUACUGGUGACGCGCUGGCCGCAGCUGCAGCGCCCCUGGCGGGCGCAGUGCGAACCAAGGAGGCGGCCCGUCGCCGGCGCCUCUGGCAUGGAGUCUCAGGUCGGCGUGAGGCUGGUGCGACCGGCACCAGCACGCUUCUGUCGGCAGUGAAACGGGCCUCACGUGCGAACUGGACCACCCGGAACAACCCUGUGCCGCUGAGACUGCCGGCGAUCCACAGAAGCCGCAGGGCGGCGAGCAAAAGCUGAUCCACCCUUCACUAGGAAAAAGGGAGGGGCGAAAGGAGGCCCCUGGGAAGGACCACCCCGUGCUACUCCACUGGUGGGAUCGGAGCAUGAAAGGGGAGGUGUGGCGGUGACCAGCCGCUCUUAUAUGAGAGAGACUCGGCCCCAAGUAGUGAGUAGCUGCCCCGGGGAGCGGUGCUGUGAGGUCGCAGUAGACGAGCGCUCGCCAUAGAGCGUGCGCCCUAUGUGGAGCGCCCUAACCGCCGUCCGCCGCCGCGGGCCGGCCUCGGGCGUCCUAAGGGCACGGCGGGCUGGAAAAACACCCGAUCUGAGAGAGCUGUGACUCCUCCAGUAGUGGAACGUGAACGUCCCUCAUGCGUUUUCGGGACAUGAGAGACAGCCCACCUAUAUAUACACACACGCGCGCGUGGGAGCGUUCAAAAGGCGCUUUAUCUUCUGUGCGCGAGCCUGUGAAGCAAAGUGCAAAUCAGAGGCUGGUGAGGCCUUUUAUGCAUCGCUGUGCGAUGCGGCGAUGCAAAGUCACCCUAUAUAUGCAUACUGUGUUCGGAUUCCUAUCCAAUGGUGGCGGCGUCGGGGAGCUGUGACUUGACUCAACUAAGAUGAGAGGCAUGGAUGGUGUGUAGCCGUCCUAAGACGGAGCUGUAACGUCUUGCCAGUGGCAGUGUGUCGAUGGUAUUGUCAUGUUCUGCAGGGAUCGAUCGGCUCUCUGGAUGCUGUGUGGGGAGGAGGCACAAUGUUGGUGGUGUUUCCCAGAGGGAGCUGACUAUGUUUUGUAGAGUUAUGUGUCCACCGGCACAUUAAACACAUGUUUGAUAUCGCGGCGGUAUACGUAAUGUUAUCGAGCCUGACACACAAGCAACUAGGCACUGUUGGACGCUGGUCUGUGUGGGUAUGUGUGCGUGUGUGUGCGUGACGCUGUCGAUGGCCGGAAUAAGUUUGGUGCCACCGACACGUGCAGCGCUGUGACGGUGGCAGGUUGCGCCGCCUGGAGCGACCUGUCUCAUAUGUGCCAUGGGUAGACUGGAGAGCCCGUCAGGGCCUGCCGAAAGACGAUGUUAUAUGAUCAGCGGAGCUGCUGCCACAGUCGCCGCCGAGGUGCAAUAUACACAGACUCCUCUUGUAA